UGGCACUCUAUUUUCAUCCCUAAUCAAUGUUAUUUAUUGCUGAUCGUAGGCUACUCACUCAGCUGUGGACGUGGCUCCAGUCAAGUUGUGAAUUAUGAUAUAGGUAUUAUUGACUUGACAAGUUGAAUCCUUAUGGAACAUGAUUUGCUUCCUUUGAUUUCCCCCCGCUAGAUUCUGACGCUUGAGCCUCUCGGAUCGAAUAAACAACUUCUGCACCACAUCAAUCGGUUGACGCGUGAUGCUGGAGACAAACCAACCCAAACGCCACGGUAGUACGGGAGAUAAGUUUGCUGAAAGCAGCUGAUAUCUCCAAGAUAGAAGAAGGUAAAGGUCACAGAAAUCAUUUCAACAAGAUGGCAACUUCCCCCCCCCCCCUACCAAUCCUUAACCAUUUUUCUUUUCAAGCUGUGUUGCCCCGCUUUGGUGCAUGGGCUUGGGUAGUGCGGUCGCAAAAACUACUAAUUUAAUGACCGAUGCUGCUGCUGCUGCUGCUUUUUCACUCGCCGCUCACGGACUAAGCAUGUGGGAACAGGAUCGCCCCGUUACUUUUACAGAUCGUGUCGUAUCAAGGUGUUCGCCCGGUGCUGCUGGCACGAACGCCGGCCAUCCAAGAUCAUUGUUCUCAUUCGAACCAGGCGGCUUACGUCUAGCCGCGGACGGAAGCACGAAGAGUGUGUCUAGUGGUGGGAGUGAAGCCGUUGCCGCAACGAUGCCCUCCUCCACGGCUGUCCCGUCUCUAUCGAGCGACGCCGCAUCCGCUUCAUCCUCGUCAGUGGGUGUAUCUCUGGAGACAAGAUGGGCGGAAGGGCUCGCCGGCCAGGAGAUAUUAGAAGACGAUGGGACAGGCGCACUUGUCGUCCCGCAGUCCCGCCCUGCUCGUCAAUAUCAUCAUCACACCUAUAUCUGUCUGUUCUAUAUCUUAGAUUGUCAUCACACCUUCGACGACGCCGAGCAAUGGAAGACUCAUGUUCUGAGCCACUUCCGAACCCACGAACCCCCGCGAACAGCCCGAUGCCCUCUAUGUCCGGGCGAGCGGUUCAGCGACACCCCCGAACAGAAAGGAUGGGAUCGCAUGCUCGACCAUGUCGAUGUAGCACAUUAUCAACGGGGCCAGACCCUAGCCGGAAGCCGACCGGAUUUUGAACUGAUGCAGUAUCUUUACCGCAUGCGGAUUAUCAGCGUCGACCAGUUCAAGGUGAUGCAGCUGCCGCCGCCGCCGUCUAGUCCUGCUUAUCAUCGAUCACAAGAACCCGUCCGGGCAAACAUAGGGUCGUCAGAUGAACCAUACUGUGCUCCGUAUAGUCGACGGCGAGAACAAAGGAUGCGAGGACAGCGUCGAGGGGUCAGCGUCGGAUGAUGUCGUGUGGGAUUUUUAUCAGUCCACAGGCUGUGUGGCGCGACUUCAUGCAAUGAUGGUUUGCCUCACUGGGUACCAGUGGGGCCUUAUUUCCUUAUUCCAAGCCGAAACUGACUCAGGAAGUCGUGCGUGGUCUCUCUUUCUCUCAGCUUUCUCUUUCGUUUCUUCCAGACCUUUCUGUGUUCCUGUAACAACUUCCGAUACUGAUGGAUGGCCGCAGGACAUGUUAACGAACAGACAUAAUGUCUCACGACAGAUUGUGUAUUAUCUUUUCUUCUGCAGGGUGGUAUGAAUAAUGUUAUCUAGCGAAAAGUCAAAAGCGAAUCCAAAACGAUUUAUUUUCUUUUUUUCUUUUUUUCUUUUUUUCUUUUUUUCUU